UCCUGCAGAUGUGCCACAUGAGUUGGUGACCAAAGAAGCAGUUCCAUCUGAUCAGCAGGGGUGGAGCCCUCAUUUGGACCAGGAGGACCCAGAACCUGGACACAUCAAAGUGGAACAAAGUGAACUUUGGACCUGUCAAGAGGGAGAACAUCUUCAAACCUGGGAGGAGGCUGAAACCAUGAAGCUCCCAUUCACUCAACUUACUGUGAAGAGUGAAAAUGAUGAACAGAGCAUUCAGUCCUCACAUCUGCAGCCAAACCAAACUAAGAAGAACAGGGAGGCGAAGGAUCUCUUCAGCAGCUCACUGAAAGUGGUGAACAGACAAACCGGUAGAGAUGACUGGUGCGGACCAGAACCAGACAGAUACGUGGCUUCAGAUACUUACGGGCACACAGAGACUAAUGAUGAGGCUUUCAACUCUCCUGAGGUGGAUGUCAGUGAUAGUGAGUGGAACGUGAGCAGGGAAACUCAGUCAGGGUUCUUGUCUCAGAAAAACAGUGAAGUCCAUGUGAGUGGCUGGAGACGUAACACAGCUGAGAAAACAUUUGGCUGUCCCGAGUGUGGAAAAAGAUGUAACCGCAAGAGUGGACUGGAGAGGCACCUGAGAACUCACACAGGAGAGAAACCGUUUGUUUGUUCCCUGUGUGGGACAGGAUUCAGUGUGAGUGGCAGCCUGCGGCGUCACAUGCGCUGUCAUACAGGAGAGAAACGCUUCAGCUGCUCUGUGUGUAAAAAGCGUUUCAGUCAGAGUGGACAUGUCGCCAUACACAUGAGAGUUCACACAGGGGAGAAACCAUACCUCUGCUCUAUUUGCGGGAGAAACUUCACUCAAAAAAUCUCUCUCACGGAGCACAUGAGAAUCCACACGGGGGAGAAACCCUAUGGCUGCUCUGUGUGCAGUAAAAGCUUUACUCAAAAAAUCUCUCUGAAGGAGCACAUGAAGACCCACAGUGGAGAGAAACACCACUGCUGCUCCUUUUGUGGUGACACUUUCAGACUGAAAACAACUCUGGUAAGACACAUGACUGUCCACACCGGAGAAAAUGUUCUGGACGUGCUUGUCGGAAAGGACACGGCAUUGUGUCAUGCAGGAAUUCUAAAUCCAUGAGUCUGUUUGUGUAACGGACGCUGAUGUCUGGAACACUGACGGCGCUGUCAUGUAUGAUAGCAGCAACAUCAAGGGUUUUUUUAAUUAUUAUUAUUUUAUUUAAAAAUGCAGAGCAUCCAGGACAUGGCAACACCAUGCUGGUGUAUAAAUGCCACAUUCUUAUUAAAACCCUUGAAUUAAAACUGAGUCUACACUAAAGAACGCCUUGUUUUGUUUCAACUCCUUCAUAGUGAUGCACAGAGAAAAAAAGUGUGGCUGUCCAAAUACUUAUGGACCUGGCUAUGCAGUAACGCUUUGUGAUACUGCAGAUGUGGUAAGUGACAGCACAGUCUUGACGGUCUGUAAAACUGAUCUUUUUGGAUUACUACUUAGUAAUCGCCCAGGGCUGAGCAGGAUAUCGAUAUGAUUUAUACUGUUAAAUUUUAGCAAAAGAGAUGUGUAGAUGGUGCCAUAGUACCAAUAUGUCUUUAAAUGACGCAUUAUGACUGUUUUUCCCCAUUAAAACUGGUCACACAACUUUCCAGCAACAUGGAGGUGGACAUGGCACUGGUCAGGAAUGUGAAGGAGCUAUUCUUGUAAACUGUUCUGUCAUGUGGAGAUACUUCAGAUUGAGGAGCAAAGUGACAUUACCUGCAGAAGCUGCUAUCAGCAAAUUGUUUCAAACAGUAGAAUUUCUUCCAGUCUGUUCCGUCAUCUACAGCAGCACCACAAAUUGUUUUACGAACAGAGUUUGAAACAUCGACCUUGUUUGGCCUUUACUUUGACCUUUACAAAAAUUCAGCACAAUCCAGAUUAUUCCAUUUAUUAAUCCUAUGAGUUCAACUGACAGUUUGCAUCACUUUUUACCAAAAUUGGACCAGCUUUAACCUUUGACCCCUGUACAAACUGAAAUUGACCUUUGUCCCCAUUUUUUCUGUUUUUACUCCAUAACUCCAGGACAUUCCUUCAUAGAUAGUCCAAACUAAACGUUUUUGGAAUCUUUAUGAUCAGACAAAUAAUGUUUGCUUUUCAAUACAGUUAGAUCAUUGUUCAGUUUUGACCCCUGUGUAAUUCUUCAUUGACCCCUAUCUGCUAUGGCCACCAUACAUUUUUUUUUUUUUUUGUAGACCAUGGGACGCUGAGGCUGGGCUGUUGUUUCCUCUGGUCCAUUGAAAACAUUCCUGGUCUGGACCCAAGACAGGUGGAUGCAGCAGUGCUUCAUGCCUCUUUAAUCUCAAAGUGAUGAAGUGAUUUCAACGUGUGAUAAUUAAAAUAAAAGGUCAGAUCAGCACACAGACCCUCUGUCUCUGUGAUAAACACUUCAUAUGAAUACAUGUGUGAUUAAAUCAUGUCUUGCAGCCUUG